AUGCCCAAAGUCAUCCAACGAGCGCCCAAGUGGCUUGAUCACGGUCAAGCCGCCUACGACUUCUUCCAGCCGGCAAACAAGAGCAGUAUCAAUGGAAAAGCACGCGCAGCAUCGGAGUUAGAGAGCGCAAAGGACGGGCCUUCGAAGCGGAUUGCACACCGGGGGACGGAGAUUUUCUAUGCGACGGGCAAUGAGCUGCGAUGGGCAGAUGUCGCAUUGCUGAAAGAGGCUGGCGAAGGUGGCAUUCGACCUUCACGGGCACAACCACAAAAAAGCCCGCAAACGCUCUACAAAAGCCUUCACACAUCGAUUCCUUCGAAUCAGUCGAUACAGCAAAUCUCCGUCUCUCCCACUGGCGAAUACAUCGCCAUCCUCACCAAGCACCUCUGUCGCGUCUGCAUCCUACCCCCGCCCGAACACCUCAACUUUCCUGAGCAACAGACACUCAAGCUCAAGUCCUUUACUGUCGGCCCUACCGCGCAUGUGUUGGAACAGUCACCGCUUGUGAGCGCUCUUUGGCAUCCACUCUCACCGUCAGGAAAUGCGCUGCUUACCAUUACUCUGGAUGCAGUAGUGCGCUUAUGGGAGCUGGACAUCGACAACAGAGCCAGCUUCAAUGAGCCAAGCUUAGCUGUCGAUCUGAGGAAACUCGCCCGCGCAACUUCUUCUCGAGAUGAUCUGGCUGCGAACAAAUAUGGUGUCAAGAAAGGCUACUCGCUUGACGACGAACAAAUGCGCGUGUCUGCGAGCUGCUUCGGUGGCACGGGACAAGAAGAUGAAGAUGGCUGGUCGAGCAUGACCCUGUGGAUAGCCAUGGCUCCUGGAGAUGUCUAUGCGCUGUGUCCCUUUCUUCCAUCGCAAUUCUGGCUUUCGCCAACAGUGUUGCCGAGCCUGACGACAAGUGUGGUGGCGAAAGCGCGCGUUCACGAGCACAGCCAGCAAAGCACAGAGCUGGAGAAGCUCAUCGCGACGCAUCAGAGGAAGUGGCUUGCUGAGCUUGAUGAUCAAGAUCCGUCGAUCCUUCCCGGCUUGCGCGACGCGGCAGUCUAUUCGAGACCAGAAAAGCCGGCAUCUAUGCCCCGACUUCAAGGCCCAUUCGAGAUCUCGCCUGAGCCGGAUUCGGGUGACAUCACGGACAUCCACGUUAUCGCGCCAAACGUCAGUCAGGAAGAUCUCUUCGAUGACGAUGAGAACUUCGACGAUCUUGCCAUCGAUGAGGGUCUUAGCGUUGGGGUUGUUUGUUUAUCUACGAAUACAGGUAAGGUACAUAUAUGCCUCAACCUCGAAGGAGUGGAGGCGGAAUGGCUUCCCGGCUCAUCUCGAAAUCGUGCUCUAUAUCAGCAGAGCGAUGAGAAUGUCAAGACCUUACUGCUGUAUGAGACUGUCCAUCUGGCACCUGAUGAUCAGCAAGGUGACGAGGCAUGGCCGACUUUCACCCCAUCGCCAGCCGAUCGAUACGAAAUCUUCAGCACGCAGCCUACAGGGAUUUACAAUCUGUCGCUGCGACCCUGGGUUCGUGCAUUAGAAGACGAAUUGUCGGCGCCUGUCACUGCAACUGAGGGCAUCGACUUUCGUAUGAAUCUGAUCUUGGAAUCAUCACUCACCACAGUCAGCCGACUUACGGCAGAGGUGGACGAACCUCUCGACGACAUUAAUGCCGCCAUCAGCAUUCUUGACGCCUCCAAUCUCGGAUACAUCACACUCUCGUCGUCAGGCAAGACGCCUAUCGCUGCGAUUCUCGACGUCCCGGUCCUCGCAGCGCAUCCAUAUCUCCCCGACGUCUAUGAGCCUCGAGCCGCUCUCACGGCGGCAGAAGAGCGAGCGCCAUACCAACCCGCGGAGGUUUUCUUCCACGCAUCGAAGUUGCCAGGAUUACUCGAGUCUUGGAGACGCGAGAGUGCUAAUGGCGCGGUGCCUGGCGAUAUCAAAGGCCUGGUGAACUUCUCACCAUACACCUUGCAGAAGAUGACUGAGGCGCACCGAGUACUCAGUAGUGAAACACACAUGCUCGGGCUGGCGGCAGCAGACUUGUUCAGACGAUGCGAACGGAUGAUCAACGAGAUGAAGGCACAGAUCGAACGAGUGCGCGAGCUCUCCAAUCGCGUCAACAGCGUCACCGGUGACGAUGAGUUCCCCGAACAGACACCUGGAGAGCCAGAGCUCGUGCGUGGAGGCAAGUCAAAGGUUGAAAAUCGGGUGCGGCAACGGCAGGAGAAAACCCGAGAGAUCCAUGAGCGGGUGGAGAAUCUUCGCAAGAAGAUGCGCGGUCUCGGUAGCAAAGAGCUUUCGGCUAAGGAACGAGCGUUUGCUGAUGAGGUGGAACGGAUCAGUAAAACUGUCAUGCCGCUUUCAACAAAUCUUCGCAAUGGUGAGGAUACGGUUGCGUCACGUGUGGAUGCUGUUCGUGAAGUUUAUGCGCAGCUCAAGGAGCAAGCCGAGUCGGUGCAAAAGGAGUUGGAAGCCAAGGGCGAGGCUGAAGCAAUUAGUAGUAGACCAUCAACGGCAAACGGUACCAAAGCGUGGGAUUAUAAGCAGAGGAAGAUGGAGGAGGUGUGGAGGCUACUGGAGCGUGAGACUGCGCUGAUUGAGGCUACCACUCUGAGGUUGGAGAAUCUUCAGGCUGGUGCUGCCUAA